ACCCGAUCGGCGGCGAGGGGGAGGAGCUCCGGUGCCAGUGAAAAUGGAUGGAAAUGCUAGAGGUGGGCAUUCUGAGGCACUGAAGAACUACAAUCUAGGAAGAACAUUAGGUAUUGGCUCAUUUGGGAAAGUGAAGAUUGCAGAGCAUAAGCAUACAGGGCACAGAGUUGCUAUAAAGAUCCUGAACCGCCGCCAAAUGAGAAAUAUGGAAAUGGAAGAGAAAGCAAAAAGAGAAAUCAAGAUAUUGAGGCUGUUCAUUCACCCCCAUAUCAUUCGCCUUUAUGAGGUCAUAUACACUCCUACGGAUAUAUAUGUUGUGAUGGAGUACUGCAAGUUUGGCGAAUUGUUUGAUUACAUUGUUGAGAAAGGCAGGUUGCAGGAAGAUGAGGCUCGUCGAAUCUUCCAGCAGAUUAUAUCGGGUGUUGAAUACUGCCACAGAAACAUGGUGGUUCAUCGUGAUCUAAAGCCAGAAAACCUGCUGCUGGAUUCAAAGUAUAAUGUGAAACUUGCGGACUUUGGUUUGAGUAAUGUCAUGCAUGAUGGACAUUUUUUAAAGACAAGCUGUGGGAGUCCGAACUAUGCUGCUCCAGAGGUGAUCUCUGGUAAACUAUAUGCUGGACCUGAGGUUGAUGUAUGGAGCUGUGGAGUGAUCCUUUAUGCUCUCCUUUGUGGUACUCUUCCAUUUGAUGAUGAGAAUAUACCCAACCUAUUCAAAAAGAUAAAGGGUGGUAUAUAUACUCUUCCAAGCCAUUUGUCUGCUCUCGCCAGGGAUUUGAUCCCAAGAAUGCUUGUUGUUGAUCCAAUGAAGAGAAUCACAAUUCGUGAAAUUCGAGAGCAUCAGUGGUUUCAGAUUCGCCUUCCUCGUUACUUGGCAGUGCCUCCGCCAGACACAGCACAGCAAGCCAAAAUGAUUGAUGAAGACACCCUUCAAGACGUUGUAAACUUGGGUUAUGAGAAGGACCAUGUGUGUGAGUCUCUGCGCAGUAGACUGCAAAAUGAGGCAACUGUUGCAUAUUAUUUACUCUUGGAUAAUCGUUUUCGAGCUACCAGUGGCUAUCUUGGAGCGGACUAUCAGGAAUCAUUGGAGAGAAACUUUAAUCACUUUGCUUCAUCGGAAUCAGCAAGUUCAAAUGCAAGGCAUUAUCUUCCAGGAAGCAGUGAUCCUCAUGCCAGUGGUUUGCGUCCACAUUAUCCUGUUGAAAGAAAAUGGGCUCUUGGACUUCAGUCUCGAGCUCAGCCUCGUGAGAUAAUGAUCGAGGUUCUAAAGGCACUUCAAGAAUUAAAUGUCUGCUGGAAGAAGAAUGGACAGUACAACAUGAAAUGCAAAUGGUGUGUUGGGUACCCUCAGGCCACUGAUAUGUUAGAUGUCAACCACAGCUUUGUUGGUGACUCCAUCAUAAUGGAUAACGGCGAUGUAAAUGGGAGGUUGCCUGCUGUGAUCAAGUUUGAAAUUCAGCUUUACAAGACCAGGGACGACAAGUAUCUUCUGGAUAUGCAGAGAGUUACUGGGCCUCAGCUCCUUUUCCUGGACUUCUGUGCAGCCUUCCUUACCAAGCUGAGGGUUCUAUAGUUCUAUAGUACCCUGUGUUGGCUUCAGUGAAUAACCAAACCUAGGGUUUUAUCAUGUGCGGUUUUUCACUGCAAUGAUGAAUAAAGGAUACCAUGUAAAUAGUCAACUGUGACUUUCUUCCCAGUCCUUAGACAGCGAACGGUGUUGUUUGAGUGACUAGUAUUGUGUUGAGCACCAAAAUGUUGGUCGUUACAGACUUACAUAGUAUAUAGAUCUUGAUAAGCUAUCUGUGUGGGCGAAUGCUUGAUGCUAAUUUUUGCAGGCUGCAGCUAUACUGCUGGUGAUGCUGCACUACAAGCUUUCCUCUAGGUUAUCAUGCGUGUGCUUGGAAAUUUUGCAACUGCUAGGAAGAGACUGGGAAGAAUAUCAGCCCAUUUCUGCCGGAUUGUGUUAUAAAUGUAGAUGACAUCAUAUUUAGUG